AUGAAUUUUUAUGCACUGCAGUCACUUGAGCUCCUGCUGGCAAGAGGAAUGUAUGACAGGAGGACUGAAGCAACGCAGAGCACUGAAGGACAAAAACGUUACUGUUGGGUAACCAAGAAAGAGAGGACACAGAUGGAAAGGCAAGCACGCUGCACUGGCCAGGCCAGAGAAUUUAAGAACAGGGUGUGUAGACUUUUCCCCACUGAAAGGCUACCGAGAAUUGAGCACUACAACCAGAAAACACAGAGAAGAUGGCAGGUAAAAGAGAGGGAAGAGGCGCAAAUCCAAGACCACCAUGAGCGCAUGCUUCGAGGGAGGGAACUGACAGAGGAAAGACUCAAGGAAAGACUGUUGAAAACAAGCCAGGGUCAGCUGCCUUCACUUGAGAAGCUCCAGAGAGUGAAGAAAGAUAUGAAGGGCUAUGAAAGGGCGAACGGACACCCACUUUUGCACCUACGUAGUAGAACUUUAAUUAAGCUGGAAAGUCUUUUGGAGAAGUCUCAGGCAGGAAAAGAAAUGAAGGCAGCUAUGAAGCCGCGUCAAAAGAAAUUCCUGACCUUGCCACCUUUUUUGAAAAGUCAAGCACGAAAAAGAAAAGAUUUGUAA